GGAAAAGGCAACCGGUCACUUUCAUCAUUUCAUUUCUAUCCCAAUCAAAAAUGAAAUACUAGAAAACCCAAGUACAGUUUCUCUCUUUCCUUAAUCUUCUUGAACUCUCUCCACUGCCAAACACUAAUCACCACAUGCACUAAAUACUCUAAUUUCUCUUUCUCGCCGGAAAAUUCACACUAUGACGAUGGACGGACUUGAAUCGGGAGGGAUCAACGGCGGGGUCGACGGGAGCGAGAAGAAAGGGGUUCACCGGAAGGAUGAGACGCUUUACAGCGUGCUUCACAGUUUGUUGGCAAUGAUCUUCGUGCCGGAAUCCGGCAGUAGCGUUGCAGCGGAAUCGUUUUUGCAGCGGAUCAAGAUCUCUGUAUCCGAAAACGGUCCUCUUCUUAAAGAUGCUACCAAAAACACUGGCCGGAAGGUUCUUCUCUGGACUCGCCGGGGUAGCCCUCUGCGGGCGCUCCUCGUGAUCUCGGUAGGGACUAUCACUCUUCUUACAUUGACAGGAUUGCUUGUCUUUAUGCUUUUCUUUCUGGCAGCCACUGUCAAUGCCAUUGUAGUCUCUCUUCUCAUUUCUUUGGCAGCUGCAGGAGGAUUCUUGGCUCUUUUCUUUGCUUGUGUAACAGCUGUAUACAUAGGGGCAUUAUCAGUUGCUCUAUUUGUUAUUUCCACGACUGCAAUUUCAGCAAUCGUAGCUGUCCUGAUAGCUACAGGUUGGAUUGGAUUCUUCUGGACUGUCUGGUUGGUAACGAAGAAAAGUGUGGGUGUGGCGAAGCACUCACUGAGCAUGACUGGAUCGGCAAUUUCAGCUUAUUCUUCUGCUCGGCAUCUGCGGCGCUAUCAUGAAGUAGAUAAGGUAUCAGAUUGAGCCAUGAUGCAGCGAGGCCAUGUGUGUAGAUAUCCCACUUUGCUCUCUCUCUCUCUCUCUCUCUAUAUAUAUAUAUAUAUAUAUAUAUAUAUAUAUAUAUAUUUGUACAUCUUUUUCCCUGUUCACAACUUCAUCAAGUCUGGCCACUACGAUAGUGUUUGUUACCAUGAUCGUUGCUUAUUUGUAGUUCCAAAGCUUUUGGUGGACAUAUCUGUUAUUACAGUUUAGAAACACAUAUUUGUAACUUGCUUGCGUACUAUUAUUAUAUGUGGGUAUGUAGCUUGAAAACAAUAACUAUUCGGAAGUAAACAGAGUGAAGAUAGUUCAUGUAGCGUGAUUUAUUAUUUGUCACAGAAUAGCAUCAUCUUGAAUUUACAUAGUAUAGGUGAUAAUUUGAUU